GCAGUAAUUUACCGACAAUAAAGAAAAUAAGAUUUGAGAUGGAAAUAAAUCCAAAAGAGAAGAAAAGAAAAGAAAAGAUCAGAUCUAAAGCAAGCUAAACCAAAACCUGGUAGUCCCCGAUAAUGAUUAUUAUGCUGAAUAUAAUUGAAGAGCAAAUAUGUUUAUAAGAAAAGAAAGAAAAGGAAGUUAACAAACUGUUUUUAGUGCUAAUUUUUAUUUUUUUUAAGAGUAGAAACUGUGUUUUAGAGUACUAUUAAACAAAUAGAGAGUAUUUCAAUUUCUAAAACAUUUGGUAGUGCUGGGUGGUGUGGUGGUAGUGGUGACUGGUGACUGGUACCUGCGAAUUCUCAGAAAAUGACACACCUCUUAUUAUUCUCUUCAAUCGAGGUUCAAUCUUUCCUUCUCUCUCUUCCAACCCAUUAAGAUUAUUACACAGCAUGUGAUGUGGGUAGUUUGAUGAAGUCACUCACUGUUUUUUAAAAAUCAAGAUCUGGGUUUUCUCCACUUGAUUCCUGCAUGUCUAUAUCUUCUGAAAACUGCGGCAUUGGCACCAUGCUAAAACAAAUUCUUAGCAAAAUCCCACGAAAGUCCUCAAAAUCUGAAUCAUUUGAUUCUGCUGGUAUUGAAUCUGGAAACAAUUCUAGCAAUUGGGGCAAUGGAGUCCCAUGUACAAACGGUGGGAAUUCUUUUUCGAGUCGAUUAAAUGUUGUUAAAAGGGUCUCUUCGGCUGUCUUUCCUGCAAGCAUUAUGGCUGGAGUGGAAGCCGUAGAGCCCCAUCUAUCUUUCAAAGAUGUUUCAAAUGUGCAGAAGCAAAGCCUUUUUAUCAGUAAAUUAAACUUCUGCUGCGAGUCAGAUUUCAGUGAUCCAGAUAAAAAUGCUGCUCAGCAAGAUCUGAAAGGUCAAACAUUGAUAGAGCUUGUUGAUUUUGUCUCUUCUGGAGGCGCAAAGUUCAAUGAACCAGCAAUGGCUGCAAUGUGUAAGUUGUGUGCAAUUAAUCUAUUUAGGGUUUUUCCACCAAAGUAUCGAUCAGCCAAUACAGCUGGGGAAACAGAGGAUGAAGAACCAAUGUUUGAUCCGGAUUGGUCACAUUUACAAUGUGUAUAUGAUCUACUGCUCAGGUUUAUCAGUGCUGUCGAUCCAAAGGCUGCGAAGAAGUAUGUAGAUCAUGCUUUUAUUAUGAGAUUACUCGACCUUUUUGAUUCAGAGGACCCAAGAGAAAGAGACUGUUUGAAAACAAUUCUGCAUAGGAUUUAUGGGAAAUUCAUGGUACACCGACCAUAUAUUCGAAAAGCUGUUAGCAAUAUCAUCUAUAAUUUUAUUUUUGAAACUGAACGGCACAAUGGGAUUGCUGAGCUGUUGGAGAUUUUUGGGAGCGUGAUUAGUGGGUUUGCCUUGCCUCUAAAAGAGGAACACAAGAUGUUUCUAUGGAGGGCUUUGAUUCCACUACAUAAACCGAAAUCAGUGGGUAUCUAUCAUCAACAAUUAACAUAUUGUGUUGUACAGUUUAUAGAUAAGGAUCCAAAAUUGGCUAGUACUGUGAUUAAGGGACUAUUGAAGUACUGGCCAGUGACAAAUAGCCAGAAGGAGUUGAUGUUUAUUAGCGAGUUAGAAGAGAUUUUGGAAAUGACUAGCAUGGAUGAGUUUCAAAAGAUUAUGAUCCCACUGUUUCGACGUAUAGGAUGCUGCCUCAAUAGCUCCCAUUAUCAGGUGGCUGAAAGAGCGCACCUGCUGUGGAAUAAUGAGCGCAUCCUAAAUCUUGUUGCUCAUAACAGGCAGGUGAUUGUGCCUCUUGUAUUCUCGGCUCUUGAGCGGAACACCCAGAAUCACUGGAACCAAGCAGUGCUCAACCUGACACAGAACAUCAGGAAAAUGUUCUGUGAAAUGGAUGAAGAGCUGGUGGUGGCCUGCCAACGUAAGUUAGAAGAGGAAGACUCAAUGUUGAGCGUUAAAGCUGAGAAGCGGAGGUUGAUAUGGGAACGCCUUGAAAGUGCUGCGAGUUUGCAACCUGCAGCUGCUAAUCUUUUGGCUUCAGUAAAACCAACCACAUGUUCGGUUUCUUGCUAAUAGGAUGAGCAACACCAUUUGCAACAGAAACAAACAUUUAUAAGCAGCUGUGAUUGGAGUACUGAAAAUGGAAGGAAUUUGGAAUGGGAGUAGGCUUUGCAUGUGCAUUGUAAUAUAAUUUGUGUUAAAAAGUAGUAAUGCUGCUGCCUUGAAGGUUUGAUUGGCAGAUGGGGGGGUUUGUCGGACGCUCUGUUGGAAGUGCCCCAUAGCCUGUAGUUAUGUGUAUUGACAUAUCUUCUCUUCUAAGGUCACCAAAAGGGCUGUUUGUUUUCUGCCCAUAUUUUAUUCUUUCAAGAGUUGUAAUUUGUCUCCUUGCCCUAAAAACGGGGAUCCUGCUAUUCUACUAUAACCACCCCAUCAAGGAUAUUCAAGCUGUUUGCUUUGUUACACCUAAAGUUGUAUAGCUAAUUCCAUUCUUCUCUUUUCUUCC